AUGGUCGACUCCUCCCAAUCAUCAAAACUCACUCCAUCAGACCUCGAGACGCCAGUGCUAAAGAAGCCAGUUGUCACCACGGGUCGCGGUGGCACGGGAAAUAUGGCUAAAAAUGAUGACCCCCGUGAGACUCGCCUGCGACAGGAUGUUGGAGCGGUUCCAAGACGAUACAGUUCCGGUGCCCAGCACUCCGGCCGUGGUGGUGCAGGCAACGUCUUUCGUGAAAACGAGGACACGGGUGAACUAGGCCGUAAAAUCAGCAGGGACCAAGCUGUAGCGGAUGAUGCUCCCAGUCGUGAUGCCGUUACGAGCCCGGAUCCUGAUGCGACUUCUAAUAAACGCAAGAAUUGGCUCUUUGGGAAAAGGACAUAG